AGCGUAAGCAGUGUACGCGGUUUCAUUCACUGUGCAGCUGUACUUUGCUUCAGUCUCACCAUGGCCACAUCAGCGCUGAACAUGCACCGCGUUUUAAUAAGUGUCCUUUACGGUACAUUUCUCUUUAGUGUAAUAUUGUGCGAUAAUGACACAGACGAGGACGAGCAUUCCAAGCACACUUAUACAGUGGAGAUGUUCAACAACGCUAUUCCGACUGCUCCACACUUCGUUAUGUUCUUCGCACCGUGGUGUGGUCACUGUCAGAGGCUGCAGGGGACAUGGAACGAGAUGGCUGAUAAAUACAACAACAUGGAAUCUCCGCCGGUCUACGUGGUUAAAGUAGACUGCACAAAGGACACAAAGUUUUGCUCCAGUAAUCACGGGAUUCGAGGAUACCCUACUUUGAAGCUGUUUAAACCUGAGCAGGAAGCUGUAAAGUAUCAAGGCCCAAGAGACCUGCAGUCCCUAGAGACUUGGAUGCUGAAAACUCUUCAGGAGGAGCCAGUGGAACCACAGAGUGAGCCUGAGGCUCCCAAAGUGCCAGAGCCCCUGCAGGGCAUGUAUGAGCUUACUGCCUCCAACUUCAAAGAGCACAUCUCCAAAGGCUCUCAUUUUGUGAAGUUUUUUGCACCAUGGUGUGGUCAUUGCAAAGCUAUGGCUCCCACAUGGGAGCAGCUUGCCACCAGCUUCGAACACUCAGACUUGGUUAAGAUUGGCAAGUUAGAUUGUACUCAACAUUAUGAGAUCUGUUCAGAGAACCAGGUGCGAGGCUACCCAACCCUGCUCUUCUUUACAGAUGGAGAAAAGGUUGAUCAGUAUAGGGGGAAACGUGAUCUGGAGUCUUUUAAAGAAUUUGUGGACAACCAAUUAGCAGCUGCCUUAUCCAAAGAUAAAGCUGCUGCUGAGGAUGCAAAAGACAAUGAAAUACCUCAGAAAACAGAUUCUGUCCAAGAUGAGUCCUCUGUUAAAAUCCUCACUGAAGGCAACUUUGACGAGUCCAUUGCUAAAGGAAUUUCCUUCAUCAAGUUUUAUGCUCCAUGGUGUGGCCAUUGCAAGAACCUGGCUCCUGUUUGGGAAGACCUGUCUAAGAAGGACUUUCCUGGACUGACUGAUGUAAAGAUUGCUAAAGUAGACUGCACUGUAGAGAGAACGCUCUGCAACAGAUUUUCAGUGAACGGAUACCCGACACUGCUGAUAUUUCGAGGAGGCCAGAUGAUCGAAGAGUAUAAUAGUGGACGGGACUUGGAGAGCAUGCACAGCUUUGUCAUGAAGCAAGCCAGAGAUGAGCUGUAACUCUACCUCAUUACUUACAAAUAUCCAAUAUUUACACCUGAUCUUGUCCUUUUUCCCCCGCCCCAUCUAUGCUAGCACAUACUGUAUCUCCAUAAUUGAAAACAUGCUCCUGAAGAAAUAUACAAGAGACAUUCUUCAGUUCUCCAUUCUUGUCUAUAUAUUUUUGAGAGACUGCGAAGUUACUGUACCUUUAUCAUUAAAUGAAAUCUCAAUGUUUGAUUUUCAGCCUAAUCCAUUAAACUUGCAGAUCAAUGGAUUUAAAAAAAAAAGAAGGUACUUCUGAUUGACAACCUCUAUUAUAGUAAUACAAAUACCUCCUCUUUUAUAAUUUUUGUUCUAAACUUUUUAUUAAACUUUCAUUAAGCAUUAUAGGCUGGUUUAUUUGGCCAGCAGUAUAGUUUGCUGUUACUAUAAAACUAAUCUUGGCUCUCAGGGAGAACUUUGUUUUAAAUAAGGAGUUGAUACCCUUUUCACCCCUAGUUCCAAGUUUAUGCUUAAAAUAUGCUGACUAUACUUGUAUAUGUGUGUUGUCUCAUGUUUCAGUUUUAUAAGGUUUCCCUGUGGGAAAUCUCAGACUUUAAAGCCACGUCGAAACAUGCUACUGGCCAAUAUUAUACCCACUUUAUCUUACUUCUUGUAACUCACUUGUUAAUUUUUAAUCCCUUCUAGAGCCAGCACACAGUUAUUAGUGCAUGCAAACCUAAAGCUUCUUGAGGUCCUUGAUCUAUAUGGAGAACCACUGUUAGGUUUUUAAGGGGAUAUCUGAAAUGUUAUUCUGCAGAAGAAGACUUUUAUCUUCAUUUUUUUUUUCAAGGCCUGUUUAGAAAGUGUAAAUUUUAAUUUUAGAAUUCGCAUCAUAUGACUUGACACUUUAAAAAAAAUCACUUUUAGCACUACUUAUAAGUUUAAGUAUAAGAAGACUGCAGUUUUGUAAGCGUAUGAUUAAUCUUGAACAAGUUUUAUUGGGUUUCUUCUAUACCUGUUUCUAUACCCGGAAGAUUAACGAAAGGGGGACACAAAAAAGUGCAUAUUGUCCAUGUUGAAUGCUGUAAAUGCAGAAGCUGAGUAGGAUCUUUUAUGACCAAAGGAUUUUGUACGAAACCAUUAUUAAAAGAAAUUGUUCUACAAAAAGUAUUAAAAUUUCUUAAGUUUGGAAA